CUUUCUUUCCAAACAGCAUCUUUUUCACUUUCUUCUUUCCUCGUGUAAUAAAUACAGAAGGCUCACGUUUUGCCAAGUGAGCAACAGUACUUUGCCUUCACGGAUUUCAAACAAUGAUUUUGCAGUUAUCUUUAGUCGAAUGUAUUUUCUGACAUAUUUCCUCAAAACCCGGCGAGAAAAGUUAUCAUCUUUCUCAUUAAAUCUCCACACACACAAUCUUUCUUCUUCUUCUUCUUCUUGAGCUCAGUUCCUACUUACAGACCAAGGAAGCUUUGUCUUUUUGCUCUUUUUAGAAGACGGUUUCUUGUUUCUGCCUUGAUGUUCACUCUUGAGUAAAACGUAAACAGAGAAAGUUUAGAUUUUUUUUUUUUUUUCAUUUUGACUUUUCUUACACCGACUCUCAAAGUUUGUCUGAAUCUGUGUUUCUUUCUUUGUUAUCGUCUUUCAGGAAAGAUAAGACAGCAUUAUCCAUCUUCACACUUACGUCAUGGCUUCAAUAAACGAUAUUGGAGUAGCAGCAGCAAUCAAUAUAGUCACAGCAAUUGCGUUCUUGCUAGCUUUUGCAAUACUCAGGAUUCAACCAGUAAACGACAGAGUCUAUUUCCCUAAAUGGUACCUCAAGGGCUUAAGAACCAGCUCUAUACAAACAGGUGGCUUCGGAAGCAAGUUUAUCAACCUGGACUUUAGGUCAUAUGUUCGGUUCCUCAACUGGAUGCCUGAAGCACUUAAAAUGCCAGAACCUGAGCUCGUCCAUCACGCAGGACUAGAUUCUGUUGUCUACUUGAGGAUCUACUUACUUGGGCUCAAGAUCUUUUUCCCCAUAGCUUGUGUUGCUUUUACAGCAAUGGUGCCUGUUAACUGGACAAACAAGGGUCUGGAUCGGUUAAAACACACUAAUAUAAGUUACAGUGAUAUCGAUAAACUUUCUUUGUCGAAUAUACCAAAUGGAUCAGGCAGCAGAUUUUGGGUGCAUUUGUGUAUGGCUUAUGCCAUCACUUUCUGGACAUGCUUUAUGCUGAAAAGAGAGUACAAGAAUAUAGCUUUGAUGAGGCUACAGUUUCUUGCAAAUGACGAAAGGAGACCUAACCAGUUUACUGUGCUGGUGAGAAACAUUCCUACAGACCCUCAUGAAUCAGUCUGUGAACUUGUUGAGCAUUUCUUCAAGGUCAAUCACCCUGAUCACUACCUCACUUACCAGGCAGUCCACGACUCAACAAAACUCUCAGAGUUGGUUCAGAAGAGGAAACAAAUGCAGAAUCUGCUCGACUACAAUAUAAACAAACACAUGAGAACCCAAUCUAAAAGGCCAAUAAUAAAGAUGGGCUUUCUUGGCUGUUGCGGCGAAGAAGUUGAUGGAAUCAAGUACUACACGUCCAUGGUGGAGAGUCUAACGAGAGAAAUAAGUGAGGAGAAGCAGAGGUUAAGGACAGGGACAAAGUCUAUAGUCCCUGCAGCUUUUGUAUCUUUCAAGAGCCGUUGGGGAGCAGCUGUCUGUGCUCAAACCGAACAGUCAAGAGACCCAACAGAGUGGCUAACCGAGUGGGCUGCAGAGCCACGUGACAUCUACUAUGACAAUCUGGCAUUGCCAUACGUCGACCUUAAGAUAAGGAGGAUCAUAGUGGCAAUCGCAUAUUUCUUCCUCACCUUCUUCUUCAUGAUCCCAAUAGCAUUUGUACAGUCACUCGCCAACAUUGAAGGCAUAGAGAAGGCUUUUCCCUUCUUGAAGCCCCUUAUAGAAGUGAAAUUUUUGAAGUCCAUCAUCCAAGGCUUCCUUCCAGGAAUUGCAUUGAAGAUCUUCCUCAUGUUCCUCCCAAGAAUAUUGAUGGAAAUGUCGAAAUUCGAAGGUUUUGUCAGCACAUCCUCACUAGAAAGAAGAGCAGCAAGUAGAUUCUACAUGUUUCAGUUCAUCAAUGUUUUCCUAGGAAGCAUAGUCACCGGGACUGCGUUUCAACAACUCAACCGCUUCCUCAACCAGUCUGCAAACGAUAUUCCAAAGACAAUUGGCGUGUCGAUUCCAAUGAAAGCGACCUUCUUCAUAACGUAUAUAAUGGUGGAUGGAUGGGCAGGUGUUGCUGGAGAGAUAUUGAGGUUGAAACCGCUUAUAAUCUAUCAUCUAAAGAACUCCUUCCUUGUGAGAACAGAGAAUGAUAGGGACGAAGCAACUGAUGCUGGAACCAUAGGAUUCAACACUAGUGAACCGCAAAUACAACUCUACUUCCUUCUUGGUCUUGUUUAUGCAGCAGUUAGCCCAAUCCUUCUUCCCUUUAUUAUCCUCUUUUUUGCCCUGGCUUAUGUAGUGUACCGUCAUCAGGUUAUAAAUGUGUAUAACCAAAAGUAUGAGAGCGCAGGGAAGUUCUGGCCUGACGUUCACAGGCGUGUUGUGACCGCACUGAUAGUUUCACAGCUGCUUUUAAUGGGUCUUCUAAGCACCAAAGGAGCUCAUAAGUCUACUCCUUUUCUUCUUGUGCUUCCGGUGUUGACCAUUGGGUUCCACAUGCACUGCAAAUGCCGUUACCUACCUGCUUUUGUCACAUACUCUUUACAGGCUACCAUGAUCAAAGAUACACUGGAACGCACACGUGAGCCAAACCUAAACCUCAAGGCUUUCUUUCGAAACGCGUAUGCUCACCCGGAGUUCAGGGUGGGAGAAGACCUAGAGCUAGAGAUGGCCGUGGAGAAGCCUGAUAAGACACCGGAGCUAGUUUCCACUAAGCGUGGCUCAUGGAGGAACACUCCUUUGCCUAGCAGCAAACAUAGCUGCCCUUAUUCACCUUGAUGCUUUUGCUUUUUUCUACCUUUAAAGUGGCUGAAGGACUUUACGACCAUCAGGACGAGCAAGAACACGACGCAGUCUGUGUUUAACCACACUGUCUGGGGUAAAUUUCCUAUCGAACAUGCUCUCAAGAAGCGGGACAGCAUCUUUAACCUUGUUCAUUUGAAGGAAGCCAGAUACAACGGUGUUACACAGAAGAGAAUCAGGUGAACAACCCUUUGAUUUUACUUCAUAGAACAAUGCUUUGGCUUCUGAUAGCAUCUUAUGUUUGCAGAGGGCAUCAAUAACUAUGUUGUACGUUACCACAUUUGCCACCAAUCCCAUGUUUUGAAUUUCAUCAAAGAAUCUCUUUGCUUCAUCCAGCUUCCCAUUUUUUAUCAGACCAUUGAUGAGAGCAUUGAACUGAAAUAUGUCGGGAGAUUGACUAGACUUUCGUAUUGCAUUGAAGAUAUCUUGAGCAGCAUCUGAAUCUCCAGCUCGGCAAGAAGCGUGUAUUAGUGAAGUGUAGGUAUAACUGUCUGGUUUCAGCCCCUCAUGUUCCAUGCGUCUUAUAAGCUCAGUGGCUUCCUCUAGCUUUCCAUGUUUGCAAUAGCCACUGAUCAUUGUAUUGAACGUAAUGGUAUCAGGCACCAAACCCUUGUCCGAGAUUCCAUCAAAAAGUCUAUUUGCAUCA